AUGGCCCUCUCCUCCCCAACCAAGCCCAGCCUGGAGGCCCUGGGCAGCUCCAGCCCUGGCCCUGGGGCCCGCCACGUGGCUCUGGGCCUGGAAGCCGGGGACAGCACGGACGUCAUCCUGGUGGGCUCCACGGAGGCUCUGCGCGCCGCGUCCCCCCCGCCGGGCAGAGACCUCAUUGCCUACGAAGUCACCGUGAACCAGCGGAACAUAGAAGACAUCUGCCUCUGCUGCGGAAGCUUCCGGGUACACACGCAGCACCCCCUCUUUGUGGGAGGGAUGUGCAUCCCAUGCAAGGACAAGUUCCUCGAGACCCUCUUCCAGUAUGACGAUGAUGGGUACCAGGGCUUCUGCUCCAUCUGCGGCUCGGGGGACACGCUGCUCAUCUGCGAGAGCCCGGACUGCACGCGGUGCUACUGCGUGGAGUGUGUGGACGUCCUCGUGUCCCCGGGGACCGCGGAGCGGGUGCAGAGCAUGAGCUUCUGGGUGUGCUUCCUGUGCCUGCCCUUCUCCAGCAGCGGGCUGCUGCAGCGCAGGAGGAAGUGGCGAGACCAGCUGAAGGCUUUCCAGGACCGGGAGGCGGUGAAUUCCCUGGAGAUCUACAAGACGGUGCCCGUGUGGAAGAGAGCGCCGCUGCAGGUGCUGUCCCUUUUUGGGAACAUCAAGAAAGAGCUAACGAGUCUGGGCUUUUUGGAAACGGGUUCUGCGUCCGGGGGAAGAGUGAAGCACCUGGAAGACGUCACAAACACGGUGCGGAGAGAGGUGGAGGAGUGGGGUCCCUUCGAUCUGGUGUACGGCUCCACGCCUCCCCAAGGCUGUGACGGCGGCCACUCUCCAGCCUGGUACCUGUUCCAGUUCCACCGGUUGCUGCAGUACGCGUGUCCCCCGCCCGGUGACCCAAAGCCCUUCUUCUGGAUGUUUGUGGACACCCUGCUGCUGACCCCAGAAGACCAGGAUGCCGCAACCCGCUUCCUGGAGACAGAGCCCGUCACCCUGCAAGACGUCCGCGGGGAAGCCGUCCACGGUGCCGUGCGCCUCUGGAGCAACAUCCCGGCUGUGAGGAGCAAACACAAGGCACUGGGUCCUGCCGAGGAGCUGGCCCUGCUGACCCACACAGGCCCUGCCGGCCCACCCGGGAGAAGGCUCCCCGCGGGGCCCGCCACGCUGGUGAAGAACUGCUUUCUCCCCCUCAGAGAGUACUUCAAGUACUUUUCCCAGAACUCCUUCCUCUUUACAAGUGUCUCCCGCAGUCCCCAGGAGGGGCAGGACGGCCUGCCGGGUCCCCCGGCCCGCGGGCCCUGGGCCAGUGCUGGCCGUCCCAGCUGCAUGGGGUUUGGGGCUCCCCGGGAGGGGUGGGGGGAGAUCCCGGACACAGGUGCAGCUGGGGCUCCAGGCAGCGGCUGCGAGAGGGCAAGGCCUUGGACGCGGGAGCCUCUGUUGGCCACAGAGGGCGAGGCCCCAGGCCGUGACCCGUGGCCUGCCACUAACUAA